UUUGCAUCGUCCCUGGCAUCGUCCCUGGCAUCGCUGUUGGCAGCAGCUCGGAGAUCGGUCCGAGCAAAAUCCUACCAAGCCAUACAGGCGAUACCGUAUCCACCACCAAACCCCCACGCCAAGUCGAGCGGGACGCAGCUGGCACAGAGCACAGGCCCCGCAGCCAUGUCCAAGAUACAGGCCAUCCCAAAGUCAUCGGUCCAUCGCAUCUGCUCAGGCCAGGUUAUCUUGGAUCUCGCCACCGCAGUCAAGGAGCUCGUCGAGAACAGUAUCGAUGCCCAGGCCACCUCGGUCGUGGUGACCAUCAAGGACUACGGGUUGGACUCCAUUCAGGUUGCCGACAACGGCGUUGGCGUGUGCAAGGAAGACUAUCAGACGAUAACGCUCAAGCACUACACCUCCAAGAUUUCGUGCUUCGAAGAUUUGGAGACAGUGCAGUCGUUUGGAUUCCGUGGCGAGGCGCUGAGCUCGCUAUGCGCCAUUUCGAAUCUCUCGAUAUCGACCUGCCGGAAAGACGAGUCGCCCAAGGGCACGCUGCUAGAGUAUGAUAUGCAUGGCAAGAUCAAGUCGCAGUCGUUCGUGGCCCGUCAGACCGGCACAACAGUCACGAUCUCGAAUAUCUUUGCCGCCAUGCCCGUUCGAUAUGGCGAGUUCAAGCGCAACAUCAAACGCGAGUUUUCCAAGUGCUUGCAAGUCAUGCAAACCUAUGCUCUGAUAUCGACACAUGUGCGCAUCUCGUGCGUCCAUAUUCCGGUUAAAGGUCCUCGAUCCACACUGCUAAUGACGAAUGGAAACGAGGCCAUCAAAGACAAUAUUACAAAUGUGUUCGGGACCAAGGUGAUUCCUACGCUGAUGGAGUUUUCGUUCAAGCUGGACACAGGCGCUUCCGCCGGAGACCCAGAUGAGCCUCAGGUCUACGGAUACAUCUCCAAACCGAUUGCGCGAUGCGGUCGCAACACGAACGAUCGGCAGUACUUUUUCAUCAACAAGCGCCCGUGCGACCUGCCCAAGGUCUCAAAGACCAUCAACGAGGUGUAUCGGUCAUUCAAUAUGCAACAGUUCCCUAUGGUUGUAAUGAACAUAGCACUCCCCACAGACCAGUAUGAUGUCAACGUGACGCCCGACAAGCGAACCAUCUUCCUUCAUACCGAACAGGCUUUACUUGAUACUCUCAGGAAUGGACUGGAUGAGCUCUUUGAGCCGAUGCGCGGUCUCAUGAGCACGGCCACGUUCCAUCCAAGUCCUGCCGGUGAUAUCGACGGUGACGUCAGAACGACAUUGAGCCAGGAGUCGAUUUCGCUCAGCCUCGAUAUGGAUACGACCCAGGAGAGUGCACCCAACAUCCUGACCCAGUCGGGAAGCGUGCCAACUCAGCCGGACGAAGCGCUCGUGAUUGCCUCUUCGCUAGAUGUCCCAGAUCCACCGUCGCUUGCCAAAGGCACACCUGAUUCGGGCAGCUCGCCCUUUGCCAGCCCUGCACCAAAAGCAAGGCUGUUUACAGAGCGCCGUGGCUUUUCGCCAGAGUCUCCGGCCAAAGGUGUCCCCAACGCGGCCGGUGCAAGUUCGUCCUCACAUCGGCUCUUGGAUAUGAUCGAAAAGUCCUUUCCAACUCUGGAGACGUUCAUGAACACCAAGCGCCCCAGAUCUUUCACAAACCAGUCGACGCACUCGCUCUCCUUGGUGGAAAUCAAGAGCAAGGCAAGCAGGGCCUCCACACCAUCAAUCAAAGAUAUGUUCCAGACGAUCGAAGCAAGGCCAAAGAAAAGACCAACUCCCGUCCAAGUGGACACAAAGGCAGAGGAGGUUCCCGGGUCAAGGCCCGCGGAUAUUCCAAGCCGAUAUCACACCCUGAAUCUCUCCGGCUCGCUGAUCCUGUCCCCGCCCGACAUUGACCACAAGUGGAGACUCUGGUCACUUCGUCGGAACAAACACAGCAAACGGAGCCAGGCGAUUCCGACAGAUGGGAACGGUCGCACGGACCCUGGCGAAUUCAAUGUCGCAUCGAGCUUGGAUCAGAUACCCCGCCAUGUUUUCUGCGAUGAGAUUCUGAAGCUAAACCGCUUUGUACGCAAGGGUGACUUCAAGGACAUGAAGAUUGUCGGUCAGUUCAACUUGGGCUUCAUCAUAGUGUUGCUCCGAAGCGAUAUAUUCAUUGUCGAUCAGCACGCCAGCGAUGAAAAGUAUAACUACGAGCAGCUCCGCCAGUCAGCCAAGGUUCAGAGCCAGAGACUUGUUGUCCCCAAGCCUCUAUCGCUCACAGCACAAGAGGAGCUGCUUGUCGAGGAACACAUAGAAACCCUCAAGAUGAAUGGCUACGACAUUGAGAUCGAUCCCCAAGCACAGGCGUUCGAGCGCAUCAAGCUCGUUGCUGUUCCUGCCAAGAAAUCCAAGACGUUUGGAUCCGAUGAUUUUGAGGAGCUGCUCUUCAAGCUCAAAGAAGGCGACACGGACCUGAUGGGCUCCAAGAUGCUACGUCUGUUUGCAUCCAAAGCAUGCCGCAAGUCCGUCAUGAUCGGCACAUCGCUCACCCAUCGCCAGAUGAGGCAGAUUAUCAUCCACAUGGGCGAGAUGGUCCAGCCAUGGAACUGUCCGCAUGGACGCCCCACAAUCAGGCACCUCUACGACAUGAGCACUACAGCCUUGCAAAGCGACAAUGGAGCACCGGGGUCAUCCCAUUCACCGCCAUAAGCGUUGCAUCUCAUCGGCGAGUCCCUGUUGCCUCCACAUCCCCGCCACCGUCAUUUGUCGCCGAUACCGAUCCUGUCUUGGACAAUCGCAGACGAUCGGGCUGCACACCAUGACCAUGCUCCUGUGCUCGCUGGACCGAGGCCACUCUGAAUAUACUGAGAGUAUGUUGGA